AUGGAAGGGACCAUCAAGCAGGAGAUCAAGCAGGAGUGCAUCGAAAAUGGAGACGCCACCUCGCCGCUGGGUAACCUGGAUCCCCAUCGAUUGCGUGACAUGGUAGUCGAUCAGCAGCCUUUCCCGCCCCCUCAGCACCAGCCGAUUCAGACGAUGCCCGCGCCAGGGCAGAUGGGCUGGCAACCACCGGACGGUGGAAAUCCACCCCCGCCGAUGAGACCGCAUCAGAUGCAGGGAAUGCCGAUGGAUCAACACCAACAAAUGCAGCCGCAGCAGCAGACGCCGCAGGGAUCCAUUCCACCGCAAUCACCCAUGGGUAGUCCCCAGCAGAUGCCGAUGCAGCAACAACCCGGUGGGCCACAGUUUGAAGGCGGUCAGCCAGGGCAACCCUUCUACCCGGGCCCUCCGCACCCCCAUCAACAGAUGCCACCACAGAGUCCGGCGACGACGAUGAACACCCCAGGAGGUCCAAUGCCCUCGCCAGGAUAUCAGCAACAGCAACGGAUGAUGGGAAUGCCGCCACCAGGGCAAGGAGCGGCUGGGACACCCGGUGGACCGCCGCUUCAUCCACAGCAAUAUCCGGCUGGAUAUCCCAUGCAAAAUGGACAGUGGGCGCAGGGCGCCCCGUACCCAGCUGGCGCGCAGCGGCCCCCAGGCCCUCCUCAAGGAAUGCAGCAACAACCCCGAAUGCCAAUGCACCGCCCGAUGGGCCCGUUUCCGGGUGGACCAGGCGGCUACCCUCCAGGGAUGCCGCAGAAUCCGGCGGCUUUUCGUGGUGGGCCGAUGGUACGGCCCGGGCAAUAUCCACCGAGCCAGCCGAUGCGGCCGUACAUCAAUUCGCCGUCGAUGAACCCGGCCGAUUCCGGGUAUUUCGAGUCGAACGACUCGCACUCGUUCCCCAGCCCGGAAGGGUUCUCCGAUCUGACAUUCGAUGCCCCGGCGUCUCUCCCCGAAAUGGUCCCUGAACCCAUUCCACUCGAAGAUCAGCUACCAGAGCCUGUACUCCCCGCCCCGGUCGCUCCUGUAGAUCCAGCGCUCAAGGCCGACUUCGUGAUCAUCCCCCGAACGAGAAAGCGCAGGAAUUACACCCACACCCUGGCCACCGUUAUCCCGCCCCGCGAGCUGAAGCGGGACGGGGUGCAGAGCCCCGGCUCGACGUCAUCAAGGGGUUCAAGCUCUUCCUCUUCGGCGACCUUGUCGAGCUCGUCGGGCGGCUCUUCGGGUACGAGCCCCGCGCAGACGCCGAGCCCGCCGGAGCCGCUAUGGGACCCGGAGUGCGAUCUGUUGCUGCUCCCCUCGCCGGACAGGCUGACCAGCAUGAUACAGGGCCUACCAUACCCGUCAAAACAAUGCCUUAAUCCUAUAUUCCAUAUCUACAAGAUUCUAUAUCAUCUACCCUGCGAUUCGAGCGAUUACGAGCUGCCGAUGCACCCGCAGAUUCGCCAGAUUCCGCCUGGCUCCUAUCCCUCGCAAUUCGUCACCAGGGAUCCGAACUUGAAGGUACCACCCGAGUUGUGCCUAUCCGGCUGCUUCUUUCAAUAUCUGGACAGUGAGAAGCUGACGCAUGAUAGGGCAGAUCAGGAGAACAUCGCAAGGACGGUGAAGCUACUUGGCGGAGACAUCGAAUUUGGGAUCAAGACAUUCAACGAGCGUCAAAUGCUCCUGACUCAUGUCAUCAUCGAUAGCUCACAGCCAGCACAAGCAGCGCUGAAGAAUGCGAUAUAUCAGUCUGCCCUCCCCCGUCGUCUUCGCGUGGUCACCAGCCAAUGGCUAUGUGACGUCGUCUCACUGAAGAAGCUGGACGCCCCGUGGAGAGCCGCUCAUCUGCCCGCCCCCUGGGAUGCGCAUCGACCACAUUCUGGAAAGACGAUCGCCUUCCACGGCUUCACGAGCGAUGAGCGGACGGCGCUUCAGUUUAUGGUGGACACGAUCGGGGCCCGAGCCACGCCAUAUUUGACGCCGCUCCAUUCGCUACUUAUUGCAAAGGGCGAAACCGGCGAGAAGAUCACCAAGGCGAAAGAGUGGAACGUGCCGAUCGUCAACUACAACUGGCUGCUCGAGUGUUAUUUCGGGAAAAUGGCGAACAUCGAUCUUCCUCAAUACCAGCUUGGGGCGCCGGCCCAAGAAGUCAACACCACGCCGUACGCCCUCGAGCAGAUCGACAACCUGCAUCGGCAUAUGCUGCUGGGUUGGCACGCGUUGAUGCCGCAGGAGCACGAGCGCCUCAUGCUAGCUCAACAACUCCAGCAAAAGCUUCAGGCCGACAAGAAUGUUUUCCCGAAUUUGAAGUACAGGGAGCUGGAGGCGCCAUCCGAGGAGGACAUCAUCGAGGCCAACGAGAAGCGACGGAAGUCCAAGAAACCGCCGCACCGGUUUGCCCUGUGCGGCUUUGAGCAAGACGUCGCCGAGCGGAUCAGCAAGCAAAUCCGCUUCCUGGGUGCCGAGGUGGUGAAGGACGUCGAGCAGUGCACGCAUCUCGUCGUCCUCAACGGCAAGCGGAGCGUCCCGUUGCUAAAGGCGAUAGCCAUCGGGGCCUUUGUCGUGCGCCCCGAGUACAUUCUGACCUCCUACGAGUCGGGCAAGUGGCAGGAUGCGAUCGCGUUCAUGAUGAAGGACGACGACUCGGAGCGGAUGCACGGCUACAACCUGAAGGCGUCCAUCAUCAGGGCACGGAAUGCGCGGGUGCUACAGGGUAUUCGCAUCUACAUCACCCCAUCCGUCGACCCGUCUCGCGCAACGUUACAACGUCUCGUCGAGCUGUCCGGCGGAGAAGUGGACGCAGAGCGACCGACCGCCCGCCAAGUGGGCGAACACCUCGAACGUGACGGCUCGUACCUGAUCAUCGGCGCCGAGGCCGACGUCAAGCUGGUCGAGUACCUCGUCGAGGCCCAUAUUCCCAUCUACUCGCCCGAGUUCAUCUUCCAAGCCAUCCUGCGCCAAGAGAUCGAUGCCAGCUCGGCGUUGCGGAUCGUCUACCCCCGCCCAGCCCCACCACAACCCCCUCAACCCGUUCAGCCGGCCCCCCAACCGCCAACCUCCGCCCAAAAGGCCCAGCAGGGUCACCAGCCACAAGUCGUUGUCGGUCGGCCCGGGGCCCAGCCCGCAGCUCGACUUACGCCCGGGCCGGCACCGGUCAGGGCC